AUGAGCAGCAUGACGCAGAAUUCUGCUCUAAGUAACGAUAAACUGCUCCUCUUCUUUCCAAAAGACCCUGACACGGAAUGGAUUAAGAAGACCACAACACAGUAUCCCGGUUUAGAGGUCAGGUGGAUCAACUCAGUCAAGGAAGACGGGACUUUUGUCAAUGAGAAAGAUCUACCGGCCGACUAUUGGGAGGAUACGACAUUGCUGUUCGUCGACUACCUUCCGCCACCGGCUGAACUCAUCUCUAAUGUGAGAUUUGUCCAGCUUGCAGCUUCUGGUGCAGAUGCAUGGCUUGGUCAUCCUACAUACCUCCGGAAAGAGACGAUAUUCUCGAACGCUAGCGGAUUAUAUUCACCUCAAAUAGCCGAAUGGGUCAUUGGCACCUGGCUCAUGAACCAACGGCAAUUUUUAAAGUAUCAGAACCAGGGCGACAGAGGGCCUGGUCCAUUCUCAAACGUCGAGAGCUCAUACAAACUUCGGAUGGGCAUCCUUGGAUAUGGAUCGAUUGGUCGCCAAUGUGCGCGGAUAGCCAAUGCGAUGGGAAUGGAGAUCUACGCCUAUACUCGUAGCGAACGUAAGACACCAGAGUCCCGCAAAGACAACACUUACCGCCAGUUUUGCGUGCCUGGUACUGGAGAUCCAGAAGGAAUAAUCCCUUCUCGAUGGUUUCAUGGGGCCUCCAAAGAAGAUAUCAACACUUUUCUCGCUCAAGAUCUCGAUAUCUUAGUGAUCAGCUUGCCGCUGACCAAGGACACGGAGAAUGUCAUUUCCUAUAAGCAAUUCGAAAUUUUGAGAAAAAAGAGAACAUUCGUGUCGAAUGUUGCCCGUGGUCGACAUGUUGACUCCCAAGCCUUGAUUGAAGCUUUGGAAAAGGGCCAGAUUCGGGGAGCUGCUUUGGAUGUUACUGACCCUGAGCCACUGCCCAAAGAGCAUCCGCUGUGGAACGCGCCCAAUGUGUAUAUCACACCGCAUAUCAGUUGGAUCACGAAAGAUGUCUGGAACGGAGGUUUACAGUUGUUGGAAACGAACCUAGAGCGGCUGAAUAAUGGCGAGCCAUGCAUCAACUAUCUUACCAGGAGCAGUGAUACAUAA